AUGCUCAUACCGUCGAGGCUAAACGCCCUGGCCAUCCUGGCUGGGAUAGGCUACUCAACAGCACUCACAACGACUGAGAGCUCAACCCACUUCACACUCGCCAAUGACCACCUCACCGUCGCCUUCUCCAAAUCAAGCGGCCAUAUUGAGGAUGUUCUUCUCGACGGACAAGACCUGCUCGGUCCCGUCGACGGUAACACAGGCAAAGGCCCAUACCUGGACUGUUCCUGCACGCCCGAUGGGUUCUGGACACCAGGCGAAACAGCAGAUCUCGAGCUCGUGAAUGGCACAGACUCAACAGGGACACCCUACGCAGGGGUUAUAAUGACAGACAGAUACGCGUCAACCAACCAAACACUCUCGCAGUAUCUUUUCCUACGCGGAUCCGAGACAGGCCUGCACGCCUUCUCGCGGGUAACGUAUUUCAACCAGAGUACACCCUUCCUACGAGAUCUCGGGGAGCUACGAACCCUCUUCAGACCGAAUACAGACCUAUGGACGCACUUCUCAACCAGCGAGGGUAAUCACGGUCCAUUGCCACUAUCCACCAGCGAAGGCCUGACAGUCCAGGACGCGACAACAUACUACGGAAACAACACAGACGACCCCUACGUCUCCGAAUACUCCGACUACUUCACCAAAUACACACUAGCCGAGAGCUGGCGAGACCACGACGUACACGGGCAGUUCAGCGACGGGUCGACCAGUGCUGACGGGAGUACGUUCGGCGCUUGGCUGGUGCAUAAUACGCGGGAGACAUACUACGGCGGCCCCCUGCAUUCUGACCUCGUGGUUGAUGGGAUCGUGUAUAAUUACAUUGUCUCGGGGCACCAGGGGGCUCCGAUGCCGAAUCUUACCCAUGGCUUUGAUAGGACGUUUGGGCCGCAGUUCUAUUACUUUAAUAAAGGUGGGCCGGAUACGACAUUGGCGGAAUUGAGGGAGGAUGCUGCGCAGUUUGCGGAUCCGAAGUGGAAUGCGGAGUUCUAUGAUAGUAUUGCGAGCCAUAUUCCGAAUUUCGUUCCGGGGGCUGGUCGCACGGAAUUUAGGGGGAGGGUUAAUCUGCCAAAGGGCGCGAAAAGGGCUAUUAUUGUUCUCUCGGAGAAUGGGAGGGACUUCCAAUUGAAUGUCUUUGAUAACAAGGCUCUGCAGUACUGGGCUGAGAUUGAGGAUUCGGGCGCCUUUACGAUUCCGCGGGUUGUGCAGGGGACGUAUAGAGUUACGGUCUAUGCAGAUGGCAUUUUUGGAUGGUUUAUUCAAGACGACGUCAGGAUUGACUCUAAAGGGCAUACCUUUACCUGGAGAGGGGACAGCGCUGGCAAGGAGAUCUGGCGCAUUGGAGUCCCAGACAAGUCAUCAGGCGAGUACCUACACGGCUACGCACCGGAUCUAUCCAAGCCACUCCAGCCAGAGCAAUACCGCAUCUACUGGGGAAAAUACGACUACGUUGCAGAUUUCCCGGAUGGUAUUAAUUUCCAUGUCGGAAAAAGCGACCCCGCAAAGGAUCUGAAUUAUAUACACUGGUCGUUCUUCCCAUCGCAGGGGAACCAGUUCCGAUCAGAGCCGUACUACGAGAAUGUCAAUAACUGGACCAUCACGUUUGAUUUAACCAAGCAGCAGCUGAGGAAUACCAAGACAGCUACCUUUACUGUGCAGCUUGCAGGAUCGAGAAACGCAAACGGGAAUGCGAAAUGGACGCCGGUGGAGACCGGGUUCAACGACUUGCCCUGGACGGUCAAUGUCAACGGGGAGUAUGAGGACACCUGGGUGAUUCCGUACUGGCGCAGUGGAUCGUGCGGUGUUCGCAGUGCAGUUACGUGUCAGAAUAGCGAGCACAAGUUUGUCUUUCCUGUGGAUAAGCUGCGGAAAGGGAGCAAUCGGUUUGUGCUGAGUUUGCCGUUUAAUGCGACCAGUCCGGAGACGGCGCUACUGCCGGACUCGCUUUAUGUACAGUAUGAUGCGCUGAGACUCGAGGUACAGUGA